AUGAUAACUUCACUUAAAGAUGCAGUUGAACAAUAUAAUGUAGAAUGUUCUGAAACUUGUGCCCUAAUGGAAAAUUUUGAAGAUGGUAAUUUUGUUAUUGUAAUUGCAAGUCCAUUAAUGAAAAGAAUAAGCUCUGGAUUGGACGAAAGUGGGGAAAUUUUAUUUAUUGACGCAUCGGGGAAUGUCGAUCGUUAUGGUUGUAAAAUUUUCCUUAUAUACACAAAUAGCUGUGCAGGUGGACUACCAGUUGGUACUUUAAUUUUAACAAGUGAAUCAACUUCAAUAAUUUCCAGAGGCUUAAAGCUCUGGACCAAUUUAUUUUCCUCAAGUGCGUUAGGUGGAAGAAGCAAAAGAGGUCCAAAAGUUUUCAUGACUAAUGAUUCAAAAGCUGAGAGAAAUGCAUUGAAUGAAAUUUUUCCAGAAGCAACACUUUUACUCUGUAUAUUCCAUGUUUUACAGGCAACAUGGAGAUAUUUGUGGGACUCAAAUCAUGGUAUUAUUUUACAACAUCGUCAAACACUUUAUAAUGAAAUUAAAAAUAUGAUGUAUUCAAAAUCGAAUGAAGAACUAGAAUCAUUAUAUACCAAAGUUAUACAGAAUACUUUAACCAAAAAGUACCCUAAAUUUGAGUCUUAUGUUUUAAAUCUUUACAAAAGACGUCAUGAAUGGGCACUUUGUCUUAGGAAAUCUAUCAUAACACGUGGACAGAACACAAACAAUAUUAGUGAAGCUGGUGUUAAAAUUGUAAAAGAUACUAUACUGGAUAGAACUAAGGCAUACUCACCAGUAUAG